AUGGAGGUCGAUCUUGCCGAACCGAACGUCCGAAAAACCCAGAGUUUCAAAGUGCCCGAGGAUCACGACAAUGGAGCCCUAGUCAUCAAGCGUGCCCGCACCGAGCUGGUGCCGAAAGAGGAACGCGAAAGACGGCGCCGUCUCAAGGAGGCACACCGAGAUUAUGGCCGUGGCGGCAGGAUAGACACAAAGAGCAUCAAGGACAAGAAGUUGCGCCGCAAUCUCAAGGCCGUCGAGUCGAAGGCUAAAGAGGCCGUCAUCAAGGCGAAAGAGGCAGAGAUCUUGUUGGAGCACACCGAUGGCUUCUUGGAGCCUGAGACGGAGCUCGAGCGCACCUACAAGGUACGGCAAGAGGAUAUUUUGGACGGUGUCUCCGAAGUCACAGCCAAGAAGCGCUUCGAUUUAAAGCUGGAUCAGUUGGGCCCCUACGUAUUCGAAUACUCUCGCAAUGGGCGGGACCUGCUGCUCGGCGGCCGCAAAGGCCACAUAGCUACCAUGGACUGGCGUGAAGGCAAACUUGGUUGCGAAGUCCAGCUCGGCGAGACAGUGAGGGAUGUCACAUGGCUGCACAACAACCAGUUCUUCGCAGUCGCCCAGAAGAAGAAUGUUUACAUUUACGACUCGCAUGGCGUGGAGGUGCACAAUUUGCGUCAGCACCGGGAGGUCACACACAUGUCCUUCUUACCGUACCACUUCUUGCUCGCUACUCUGGGCACAUCUGGCUUCCUCAAAUACCAAGACACAUCGACCGGUCAGCUCGUGGCCGAGAUCCCCACCAAGCUUGGUUCUCCUGUUUCGCUAGGACAGAACCCUUACAACGGUAUCAUGCACGUCGGCCACCAGAAUGGCACUGUGACCUUGUGGUCUCCAAACAGCACCGAUCCCCUUGUCAAGCUGUUAGCACACAAGGGUCCAGUACGAUCUCUGGCGAUAGACAGAGAAGGACGGUAUAUGGUUUCCGGAGGUCAGGACAACAAGAUGGCGGUCUGGGACAUUCGUAUGUUCAAGCAAGUCCACAGCUAUUUCACAAGGCAACCGGCUUCUUCCAUUGCCAUUUCAGAUCGGGGUCUUACGGCUGUCGGAUGGGGCACCAAAACGACGAUAUGGAAGGGACUCUUCGACAAGCACAAGGCCGAGCAAGAAAAGGUGCAAAGCCCUUAUAUGGCAUGGGGCGGCGAAGGCAAGCGGAUAGAGAGAGUGAGGUGGUGUCCCUUUGAGGAUGUGCUCGGGCUUGGAACUGACGAGGGAUUCUCCUCCAUCAUUGUGCCUGGCGCGGGCGAGGCCAACUUUGAUGCUCUCGAGGUGAACCCCUUCGAGACUGCAAAGCAGAGACGGGAGAAGGAAGUCAAGUCGCUGCUGAACAAGCUUCCUGCCGAGAUGAUUGCGCUGGAUCCCAACUUCAUCGGAAACAUCGACUUGCGAUCGGAGAAGCAGCGACAAGAAGAGAGAGACCUCGAUGCAAAGCCUGUCGAUGUGGAGGAAGAAAUCCGGAAGCGUGCCCGUGGCAAGAACACGUCGUUCAAGAACUACAUGCGAAAGCAGCGGUCGAAAAACAUUAUCGACGAGAAGAGACUCAAGGUCGACGAAAUCUGGAAGGAGCACAUGCAGAAGAAGGACGAGAAGCACAAGGAGAAGCAGGCCGAGCUCGGCCCAGCGCUUUCUCGCUUCGCGCGGAAGGAGUAG